CCGACCGAUAUCGCUGGUCGGCUGGUGGGCGGGCUCGUCACGGGCUCAAUACGACAUCACUAAGCUUCGAAUUUCGAGUCUACAUAAUUCGUCGAGCAACGGUCGAGCUGUUGUCCCAAAAACCACACCAAGCCUCCUAACUAAACACAUAAUACCAAAACAACCCGAAUACAACGAUGGCCGCCUACCCUCCUCCUCCCGUCAAUACCAUUGACUGGAACAAUGUUGGCUUCAAGAUCCGCGAAGUCGCCGGCCACGUCGAGUCCACCUACUCGAAACAGACAGGAAAAUGGACGGCCCCGACCUUCGUCGAGGACCCCUUCCUGCGCAUCCACGGAAUGGCACCAGGUCUCAACUACGGCCAGCAAUGCUACGAGGGCAUGAAGGCGUUCCGUGCUCCCGACGGCAACAUCAACAUCUUCAGGCCCAACAAGAAUGCCGAGCGCAUGCAGCACUCCGCGUCCUUCAUCUCCAUCCCCGAGGUCCCCACCGAGCACUUCCUCGAGUGCUGCAAGCUCGCCGUUGGCAUGAACGCCGCCUACGUCCCUCCCCAUGAGACCGGCGCCGCCAUGUACAUCCGCCCGCUCCUGUUCGGCAGCUCAGCACAGCUGGGCCUCAACCCUCCCGAGGAGUAUACCUUCGUCGUGUACGUCAUCCCCACUGGUGUCUACCACGGCACGCACCCUGUGGAUGCGUUGAUUCUCGAGGACUUCGAUCGUGCUGCCCCAGAGGGUACCGGAUCGGCCAAGGUGGGUGGUAACUACGCGCCUGUCCUCAGGUGGAGCGAGAAAGCUCACAAGGACGGCUACGGCAUCACCCUUCAUCUGGACAGCAAGACGCGAUCGGUGAUCGACGAGUUCUCGACCUCUGCUUUCAUCGGCGUGAAGAAGGAUGGCGGCAAGGUCAAGCUCGUCGCUUCGAACAGCAAGAACGUCAUUCAGAGUGUGACCGCCGACAGCAUCUUGCGGAUUGGAGAGUCUCUCGGCUGGGAGACCGAGUCUCGUGAGAUUCCCUACACCGAGUUGAGCAGCUUCUCUGAGGUGUUGGCUGCUGGUACCGCGGCCGCCCUCGUGCCCAUCAGGUCCAUCACGUACACCUCCAAGAACGAGAAGUUCGCCUACAAGGAGGCUGCUGAGGAGCCCGGCCCGGCCUGUGUCAAGCUUCUGAGCACCCUCAAGGGUCUUCAGCAGGGCAAGAUCCAGGACAGCUUCGGGUGGCUGUUCAACGUCGAGAAGCCCAAGCAGUGGGGUGUGACCAAGGGAAAGGCUGCUGACGAGGAGAACGUUGACGAGCUUCCAUAAAUAUGCAUUGCUAUAUGUAAAGGAAUAAAAAGAAGGCAACGACUAUUUUGGCAGAUCUGUCUAUAUUGGCUACGAAAAAAGGAUGGUAAUGUGCAGAGGGUUUUGGCUAGACCUUUGCAUUCCCCUCAAAAGCGAUCAACGACACCCCCCAAAAACCCAGAACUCAAAAAUUAGAUUUAGAUGCAACAGCGCACAUCUAGUAAAGUCAAAAAGAAAAAGGCAAUGAGAUAUGAAUCGAUACAUGAGCACUG